UAGGACCAAACACAACACUAACACUGUUGCAUUCCAUUUACAGUUUAAACGGUGUUUUGUGCGCGUCGCUUUAAUUUUGGUUUAAUUGAAUUUUACUAUAGCUGCGAUGGACACGCCACGCCGCAAGCUAAGAAAUUUGCACCUGGAGAAUGUCCAGAACAGCAGCACUCCCAUCAACGUGCCGCCCUCGCCGAUGAUGAAGACCCUGGGCCACGGCACUGGGAUCCGGGUCUACCGCUUGGACCGCUCGCCUCGUCUCGGCGAAAUCCGCUCGCCCUGGGCCGUCAAGCGGAUCACGCAGAACAUGCGGGUCAAAAAGGACACACUCUUCAACGAGCGGAUUGUUCACGAGGCCGAUAUCCUGCGCAAACUGAAGCAUCCAAACAUCGUGGGAUUCCGUGGCGUUAUCACCAAUGACGAGGGCAUCAACACACUGGCACUCGAAAUGUGCACCACUUCACUGGGCUCCAUAUUGGAGGAGCGUCACGACGAGGAUCUGGGCCCGUUGCCGGCCAAAAAUACCUAUAAGAUGAUCAUGGACGUGGCCCAGGGACUCGACUUUCUUCACAACGAAGCGCGCCUCAUGCACGGUGACAUCAAGUCCUUUAAUGUCCUUGUGAAGGGCGAGUUUGAGAUCUGUAAGCUGUGCGAUUUUGGAGUCUCUCUUCCGCUGGACGAGCAGGGCGAGGUUAAUUUCCCAAAGAAUCCCGGACUCCGCUAUGUGGGAACUAACCUCUGGUGCGCCCCGGAGGUCAUAGACGAAGUGGAUGUUAUUGACAGCAAGGCAGACAUCUUCAGCUUUGGCCUGGUUAUCUACGAAACCCUUGCUCUAGUGCCACCACAUACCUUGGAGCUCGAUGCAGCACUGGGAGAGGCUAUGGACAGCUCGCACGAUUUACCCACCGACACGGACAAGCUGCAGUGCAAACAGUUGGACUUCUCCAGCGAUGUAAAGAAGAUCGGACUGCCUUCUGCAAUGGAAGAACACACGGACAACGAUAUGAGUCAAGAUUAUGACGAGGAGGAGGAGAAGGAAGAGGAGGAGGAGGAGGAGAAGGAAGAGGAGGAGGAGGAGAAGGAAGAGGAAGAGGAUCAAGAAGAUGAUGACACGAAGGAGAACGACAUCUCCUACUUUACACUGAACAACCUUCAUUCCGCCUAUGGUACACGGCCACCAUUGCCAGUGGCCUUUCAACUCAGCGACGAUUACAACUGCGUCGUGGAGCUGUUUUAUCUGUGCACAAAUGCUCUCAGCGAGGAUCGUCCAGCGGCCAAGACCAUUUGGCAGUGCCUGGAGAACAAUGGUGCAAAUGUUGCGACAGAAAGCGAUUAGACUGAUAAUCAUUCUCAGCCUCCGAACUCCACAAUCUUCCUCUUGAAUAUAAUUUGCUUAGAUGAUUCAUUUUUGUUUUGAAUGUACAAUUAACUAGCUAUAAUUUUUACCCUGUAAGAACAAAUCAAUUACGGUUAAAGCCCCAAAUCGCGAAUACACACUUAAGCAAAUUGUACAUAUUCAGCAAGCAAAAGAGUGGUCGAAUAAAUCGAAUCCCCAAUGGAACAAAAACUA